UAUUAAACCUGAUAAUUUCUUAAUUGGUAAACCAGGUACUCCAUUUGCAAAUCAAGUUUAUAUAGUUGAUUUUGGAAUGGCAAAGCAAUAUCGAGAUCCAAAAUCAAAACAGCAUAUUCCAUACCGCGAAAAGAAAGCAUUAAGUGGAACAGCAAGAUACAUGUCUAUAAAUACUCAUUUAGGUAGAGAACAACUGAGACGUGAUGAUUUAGAAAGUUUGGGUCAUGUGUUUAUGUACUUUUUAAGAGGAUCCUUACCGUGGCAAGGUUUAAAAGCUCCAACCAAUAAACAAAAAUAUGAAAAGAUUGGAUUAAAGAAACAAACUACCAGUUUAAAUGAAUUAUGUUACGGGUUCCCGAUUCAAUUUAGUCAAUACAUGUCAUAUGUUCGAAAUUUAAAAUUCGAUGAAACUCCAGAUUAUAAAUAUUUAGUUAAUUUAAUGGAAAAGGUUUUAGUAUCUUUAGGAGUGGAUGAAGAUGGUCAUUAUGAUUGGAUGGACUUGAAUGGUGGAAGAGGUUGGGAUGCGGCUUUAAAUAAAAAGGCUAAUUUACAUGGAUAUGGCAAUCCUCAUCCACCAAACAACCAACAAAGACUGGCUCAACAACAACAACAACAUCAACAAAGACAUCAACAAAUACAACAACAACAACAUAAUAGAAAUGAUUCUAUGAACUCAAAAUUAUUAUCACCACAACGGAAUUUAAGAAGUUCUUCGAACAAUCAUGGAAAUUCACGACCAAAAUCAUUAUCAAUUGGUAACUAUCAAUCGAUCUCACAAGAUCCAAGAAAUCAACAAUUCUUAAGUAAUAGUAAUAAUAACAGUAAUGGUGGUGUAUAUAAUAGUCAAUCACAAGCUUAUCAACAACAACAUGGUAUGUUACCUGUUCGUGACGAUGGUGAUUUACAUUCUGAUACUUCUAGUUUCAAUGAACGUAGGAAACAUCAAGGUAAUGGAUGUCUCAGAACCUUGUUUUACUGUUGUUUCUAAAGAUAAGUUAAUUAGUCAUUUCAUUUCUACUCCAGUCAUCUUCUCAUUCAUUCAUUCAUUAAUUAAUUCAUUCACUCAUCAGUCAUAAUUUGUAUCGUUACAGUUCCAUAUUUUCACUUCACUUCAUUUC